AUGUUUUACGAUAAAAAUUCUUACUUUGUGUUCUUGGCAUUGGUUUGCAUAAGUUUUACAUACGGCACGGAACAAUCAGAUAUCGUUAGUAAAAGACUGGUACAGCUCGAAGCCAUGGUGGACGUGUUGACGCGCGACCGAACUGACAGCGAUCGCCGUCUCAAGGAAGUCGAGACGUCCGCACGACAGCAAAAGUCUCAUCUCGAACAGGAACUGAACGCCGUCCAAAACGAAUUGUCUGCCUUACAACACAAGUAUCGAGACUUAUCCAGCCAGUUAGAGUACUCUGCCUCUAAAACAGUCAGGUCAGACACUAAAACAACCAUGUUUGCCUUCUCCGCCAGCCUAAGUAACCGUACGUCAAAUUUUCACCGUAACGAGAAAAUUGUCAUGGAUCACGUGCUCACAAACAACGGAGAAAGCUACGAUCCCAAAACAGGUGUUUUCACUUGCCAACAGCCGGGUACUUACGUGUUCUCCGUCACCAUACAGGCAGAAGAUAGACACAGAUUUGUGGCAGAAAUUGUGAAAAACGCAGAGGAAGUAGGACGAGUUUUAGCUGACCCAAUGUACUCCCGUGCUUCGGCGUCAACUUCCGUGAUCUUGAACCUGACUUCCGGAGAUACUGUGUACAUCCGGUCCGACGGAUCCUUUGACCAAUCCCAUGCAUCAAUAGACGAAUAUUUCUCGAGCUUCUCAGGAUUUCUUAUAGAAGUCGUUGGUUGGGUCAGCUUUGGAAACAAAUAA